CUUCAAACUGCUCGACUGUCAACUUAAAAAAGAUAUGCCAAGAUUGUACGAGUCCUUAUGUCAAAAAUAAUGAUUGAUUUUUUUUCUUUUUAUAUAACAAAGAUGAAAACUGAAUGCUAUUUGUAGACAGCUUACUAUUUAAAAUUUAUAUUAUGUUUCUUAUAUGCUUCUCCGAUGUUAAUCGGAUGUAGCCGAUCAUAUAAACUACCUGCAUAACCAGUGAUCGAGAGGCUUUUUACCAAUGGUAAUAAACGUGUGAAAGCUUUGCUUGACAUGGUUAAUCUAAGGACAGCUUUGUUGUGUCCGUCAGUCAAAGUAGAUUAUUAUAAUCCGCCAGGUUCAUGAAUUAUUGUUCUUAUUUUCUAACUUAAGCAUAGAUUAAAUUUAAUCCAUUUUUUUAAAAAGAUUUCAUGAUGAAUUCAUAGAGUGAAUAUUAAAUAACAAGAGUAGAUAUUGUUUUAAAAUUUAAAAAGCAACGGUGAUAUUCUUCUAUUUGUUGUGAUAUAUUUUUGAUAUCCUUUAUAAAAUGACAAAUGUGAAUUGAUUCUAAAACAUAUAUAAUAUCACUUAUUGAAAUUAGAAUUCAACUAAAAUAUGAAGUAGAAAGGAAUGGAGAGGAAAACUUUAUCUAAGAGCGCCCCGUCCAUUGGACGUCGUAAUUCUGUGAAAAAGGAUAAAUCUACAACUAUCAAAGAAAUAAAUAGUUGGAUUAAUAAAGGGGAAAGUGAUAACUUACCUCGUAAAUCUGCUCGCGGUGUUAAUAAUCUGACUGAAAAUGUAACGGAGGAAAGAAUGUUGUACUCGAGGCAGCUGGAACUUGGAAGAGAAAGGUACAAAUUUCUUACCAACCAUGAAUAUGAAAAACAAAAAUUUGUAGAGAGGCAAAAUAAUAAAGAUAAGAUGAUGAAACAGUUCAUGGCAUCCGCUAGAAAAGUUAUUGAGAAGACGCAUGCUGAAAGGCCGAAAAAGGUGCUGACAAUUCGAGUACCACAAAUGGAUGAAAUAAGUUCUUGUGAAAGUCCAGUUGGUGAGGAUCCUAUUUCUAGACCAGGGUCACGGGCUAGUAGAUUAAGUUCAAAAGUAGAUAAGAAAAAGGUUUCCAGUGAUGACGCUGGACGUUCAGAUUCAAGAACUUCGAGGACUUCGAGACAAAGUACAGUUCUAAAUCUUAAUAAGUAUGCUACGAGGCAAUCAAAUAAAGCUACAAGUCAGAAAAGCUCUACAAACUAUAAAGGUACCAUUAAAAGUGCUGUUAAAAGGGGCGAAAAUAGUAACGGGAGGACAAAGUGUGCUAACAUUCCGUCUGACAAAACAAAACUACCAAAUCGUGGUGUUUAUGUGAAUACAAGCAGUUCAACAGUUCACAAGUAUGAUGUAGACGACAUAAAGACUGAAUUCAGAUUUCCCUCGGUGAACGGCUCCAAUAGUAAGUCAGCAUCACCAGAAAAGUCAAGGUCAUCUAGUCCAACGAAAUCCGUACGUUAUGCGUCUCUUCCAUCUGGGCCUAUAAAAUCCUCAGCAAAUACCGAUUCAGUGACUCCUAAAUGGGUUGAGUCUCCAAGAUUCUUUGGAAAGUUUGGGGAAAAAUUUGAUACUUCAAUUAACGAUCCUAGAUAUGUUGCUCUGACAAACACUUUAAUGAAGGUGGACGAUAUGAAGAUGCCACAGAUUGGUGUAAGAGAAAUCAUAGAAAACAAUGAAGUAUUACGGAAAGCUUCAAAAACUGACAAUGCAGUCCAUGCAAAACAAAUGCACGCAAAGUUCAUAGCUUUCCUUUUAGAAAAUGAGUUCAAGUAAUACGUCAAUUACUGAACUAUGAAUACUACUGGUGUUUUGGGUUUAUAAAGGCGGUAGAGUCACGUCGCCUAUUAUAAACAGACUCAAUCGAAUCCGAGUCUCUAAUUUUCGUCUUUUUGCGCUUUCGUGAGAUAUCUUUAUUUGUGUAAACUGGAAAUAAAUGUGACCAAAACAGUAACAAUUUCCAAUGAAUAUUUCUCGUAGUCGAUAGGCUUGUAAAUACACAACAGUAAAAACCAUCCAGUUAGCUUAUGGAACGUUCAUGGUUCUGUUCAGGUACCCGUUCGUUCCUGAAAGAAUGUUUGGAAGGGCACCUGAUGCCUUCCUCAAUCAUUAAAACCGGAAAGUCGCCAUAUGAUCUAUACUGUGUUGGUGCGACGAAAAACCCAAAAACAAACAUGUUUACCGGUUUAUUUAUUCAUUAAGAUCCUGUAUGUUGUGAUCAAAGUGGUAAACCACACUAAGUGAAAUUAUAUAUAUGUAUACAUAAUUAUGCAAAUAAAACAAUUUUCAAACAUCGAAGAAUAUUUAAAAUUUCUACUGCAAAUAUUUGUGUACAUUAUAUGUAAUCAUUAAAAUAUAAUUAUCAAAUUCA